AUGCCAUGGGAUGGCAUUGGUGACGUAUAUUGGACAACAAGCUUUCAGAAGUCCCAGGUCCGACGGGCUACCACCCGCAAGAGAUCCUGCGCCAACGACAGCGCCUUCGCCAACUGCCGAAAGGGCCCCUGCGGCGGUGCUACCCUAUGUCCACGCAAGAGCUUGAACCAUCGCGGGACAAAGAUACGAAGCACCAGCCUGGCCAAAAGCGGCAAACAUGGCAGGGCUAGCGGGUUGCCAUAG